GGAAAAGCAAGCACCUAUUUCUAAAAAGAACAAUUUUGUUCCGGGAAAGAUGACAGCAACGCGUUACGCGUUCUAGCAGCCGAUGGUGACCAACGCCAUUUGCAAAGCACUAAGCUUUUGUGCCUAUAAAUUCAACUCAAAAUACCUUUUCUUCAAUCACAUUAAGUUGCAACCAAAUCUCAGUAUCUACAUCUCAGUUUAUAAUGGAUUCUGUACAUUUCUUAGGCAAUAUUGUUGUUUCUUUUUCAGUGUUGAUCUUGCUUUGGAACGCACCAUGCGAAGCUCAACUUUCUCCAUCAUUUUAUAGCAAUACAUGUCCAAAUGCUCUCACUACAAUUCGCACUUCCAUCCGGCAAGCAGUAUCCCGAGAACGCAGGAUGGCUGCCUCUCUCAUUCGCCUCCAUUUUCAUGACUGCUUUGUUCAAGGCUGUGAUGCAUCAAUCUUACUAGACGAAACCCCUUCUAUAGAAAGUGAGAAAACUGCAUUUCCAAAUAUAAAUUCUGUAAGAGGUUAUGAGGUCAUAGAGGCUGCCAAGAGGGAGGUUGAGAAAAUAUGUCCAGGAGUUGUUUCGUGUGCAGACAUACUCACAGUGGCAGCCCGGGAUGCCUCCGCAGCUGUUGGUGGGCCAUCGUGGAACGUGAAACUUGGAAGAAGGGAUUCUACAACUGCUAGUCGUUCUGUAGCUAACACCGAUCUUCCAAGUCCUUUUUCCGAUCUCAACACACUUAUUUCUGCGUUUGCGAACAAGGGACUUAGUGCUAGAGACAUGGUUGCCUUAUCGGGAUCUCAUACAAUAGGCCAAUCCCAAUGUUUUCUCUUCCGGGAUAGGAUAUACAGCAAUAGAACAGACAUUGAUGCUGGAUUCGCUAGCACUCGUAGGCGCCAAUGCCCUAGAAAUAGUGGAGACAGUAAUUUGGCAGCCCUAGAAUUGGUGACACCCAAUUCAUUUGAUAACAAUUACUUUAAGAAUCUAAUGCAGAGAAAGGGUCUUCUUCAAUCAGAUCAAGUUCUGUUCAGUGGAGGAUCAACAGACAGUAUUGUUUCCGAGUACAGUAGAAAUCCAAGAACAUUCAUGUCUGAUUUUGGAAAUGCCAUGAUCAAGAUGGGAGAUCUUGAACCGCUCACUGGCCAAAAUGGGAUCAUAAGAAGGAUCUGUAGGGCCACCAACUAGUUUACUCCAUGACUAUAUGAUCCUAUUUCAGAUUUGCCAUGUUUCUAAUUGUAUAUCUAUUUCCAUUCAUGUUCUUUAAUCUCUAAUUUUUUUCGUUUUAUUCUUUCAAAUUCUCUAGAAGCUUUCUCUUAAUCA